ACAGUACACACCCCUUCUUUGAUACACACAAACACUUGUCCUUGUUUUGCAAUGGCUUCCAACUCUAUCAUCCCAUACACUUCUUCUUCUUCAUCAUCUCAUGAAGUUUUCGUGAGCUUCAGAGGUGACAUUCGCAACAACUUCGCUGACCAUCUUUUUGGUGGUCUUGGUAGAAAAGGCAUUCGUUUCUUCAGGGAUGACUCAAAGCUUGAGAAAGGGAAACUUAUAUUACCUGAACUCCUGCAAGCGAUUGAUGGGUCUCACAUUUUGGUUGUUGUCUUCUCAGAGGAGUAUGCUUCCUCAAAAUGGUGCUUGCGAGAACUUGAAAGGAUUGCCGAUUACGUUGAUGACCGAGGCAAGCACGUUCUGCCGGUUUUUUAUAGAGUUGAUCCAUCAGACGUGCGAAAACAGAGUGGGCAAUACAAAAAAGCCUUUGAUGAAUACAAACAAAUAUUCAAAGAAGAUGAAGAGAAGAUGGAGGAAGUGCAAAGAUGGAGAGAAGCUCUGGCACGAGUGGGCAAUCUCUCUGGUUGGCACAUUACAAAUGAGUCAGAACAUUCAAUGAUUGAAAUUAUUGUUAAAGACAUACUAAAAAAAUUGAGUCAGAGUAUUUCAAUUCUUCCAAAUCAAGAUUUAGUUGGAAUGGAAUCUCGUGUUGAAGAAAUAGAAAAGCUUCUAUGUUUGGACUCAGUUAAUGAUGUUGGUGUUGUCGGAAUUUGCGGGAUGCCUGGAAUAGGAAAGACAACUCUUGGCCGUGCUUUAUACAAAACAAUCUUUCGUCAAUAUGAUUUUCAUUGUUAUAUUGAUGAUGUAAGCAAAAUUUUUCGAGACUUUAGUACGUUAGGUCUACUAAAACAGCUACUUCGUCAAAUUCUAAAUGACCGAAGUCUAGAGAUCUACAAUGUUUCUGCUGGAACCGAUUUGGUACAGAGAAGGCUGCGCCACGCAAGGGCACUUAUAAUUCUUGACAAUGUUGAUAAUAUUGAUCAGCUAUAUCAAUUGGCUUUGAAACCUAAUCAGCUAUGUGCAGGGACUAGAAUUAUCAUAAUUUCUAGUGAUGAACAUAUUUUGAGGGCGUACAAAGUGAAUCGUGUUUACCGAGUCCAGCCUUUGACUCGGGACAACGCUAUUCAAUUGUUUUGCAAAUAUGCUUUCGAAGAUAAUUAUAUUAUGAGUAUGUUUGAAGAGUUGAAAUAUGAUGUAUUAUCAUAUGCUGAUGGCCAUCCACUAGCAAUUAAAGUGUUGGGCUCAUUUUUGUUUGGUCAAGAUGUCUCGCAGUGGAGACGUGCAUUAGCUAUGCUAAGAGAAAGUCCAGAUGAAGACGUUAUGAAGGUGUUAAGAAUAAGUUUUGAUGGGCUGAAGCCAAUACAAAAGGAAAUAUUUCUUGACAUUGCUUGUUUUUUCAGUGACGACUUUGAAAAGGACUAUGUGGAGGAAGUUCUUAAUUUUCGUGGAUAUUAUCCUGAAAUUAACCUAAGUGUUCUCGUCCAAAAAUCACUUAUAACCAUUGAGGAGGGGCGAAUAUAUAUGCCGACAUUGUUGAGUGAUUUAGGCAGGUGUAUUGUUCGAGAAAAAUCACCUAAGAAGCCAAGAAAGUGGAGUAGGUUGUGGGAUUACCAAGAUUUACGGAAAGUUAUGUUAGACCAUAAGGCAGCAAAAAAUCUUGAAGCCAUAGAAGUGUAUGGUGAUGAUGAAUUUGAUUAUCAAGAAACAACAAUCACGGCCGAUGCUCUAUCAAAAAUGCGUCACCUUAAGUUGCUUGAAUUUCGUAAUGUGAAUUUUUCCGGAAGGCUUGAUUUUCUUUCCAAUGAAUUAGGAUAUCUUACUUGGUGGAAAUAUCCUUUUGAUUAUUUGCCAUCAAAUUUUCAGCCAGACAACCUUGUUGAGUUGAUCCUGAGAGACAGUAACAUUAAGCAAUUAUGGAAAGACACAAAGCCUCUACCCAAUUUGAGACGUUUGGAUCUCUCCUACUCCCAAAGUCUUAUCGAGUUACCACAUUUUGGAGAGGCCCCAAAACUUGAGUGGCUAAAUCUUGAAGGAUGUACCCAACUCAGUGAGAUCCAGGCGUCUAUUGGUCUUCUAAGAAGGCUCACUUUUUUGAAUUUGAGAAAUUGUACAAAUCUUGUCAGCGUACACUGCAGCAUAUGGGGCCUCAAUACUCUUGAAUAUCUGACUCUCUCUUGUUGUUCAAAACUGUGUAAGCUAUUAGAUGAACCAAGGGAUGGAGAGCAUUUGAAGAAACGUUGUAUAGGUGAAGCGCCUGUUCAUUCCCAAUCAGCAUCCUCCAUUGGGAAUCUACUUCAAGAAGCUUUGUAUAGUAUCUCAUGUUUGCGUCAACUUGAUCUCAGUUGCUGCAGUUUACUUCAAAUCCCUGUUACUGUUGGAAAUUUACAUUGCUUAGAAUGGCUAAAUUUAAGGGGAAACAAAUUUGGUACACUACCGAGCCUGAAGGAGCUUUCCAGACUGUAUUAUAUAAACUUGGAGCAUUGCAAGCAGUUGAAAUGUUUGCCUGAGCUACCUUCACGAACUCACUUCUCUUCACAAACUUUCCGGUCUCCAUUUCCAAAAAGUGUCCUUCUAGAACACAAAGAAGUAGCAGUGUUAAACAUUUUCGACUGCCCAGAGUUAGCAGACAGGGAACGGUGCAAUAGGAUGUGUUUUUCAUGGAUGAUGCAAAUUGUUAAGGCUAUCCAUCAAUACCAAUACAAUCCCCUUACAGGUUGGUUGGAUCCUUGUGUUGAAAGUGUUAUUCCAGGAAGCGAAAUACCAAGGUGGUUCAACAAUCAGAAUGUGGGCAUGGGCAAUUUAAUGAGCAUAGACACACCUCCCCUUAUUCAGCAUGACAAUAAUUGUAUUGGCAUUGCGUGUUGUGUAAUAUUCAGGUUUCAUGACGAAAAUAUUACUUGGGAGGAGCUUCCUCCAAGAACAGGACCACCACAUACUGUGCCUAUUGAAAUUCCGGUGGAUCUUUUCAAUGAAGAAUAUAUGAGCACAUCAGAUCACAUCUGGCUAUUCUAUUUCACUCGACAACAAUUAAAUUUUCUACGUGAUAGUUGGCACAUGGCUGAUCGUGCUGACUUCAAAUUCAUAUUCAAAUUUGAAAUACUACAAACCCAAUUAUUUAAGGCUAAGGUGAAGGAAUAUGGAUAUCGUUGGGUGUACGAGGAGGAUGUAAAACUUUCAAACGUCACAACGAUGCACAGCGGAAAUUUGUUGCCUCAGAAGCGCAAGCUUUUGGCAAUUGAAGAAAAUAAGUAGCAGUCCAAUCCUCUCUUUAUAGGUUCCAAUCAUGGCAGAGUGAAUUCCACUUUUAAAAAGGACACGAAAGAGAUGGCGAUGAAAGAUAUUUGCUUUCUGAAGGCACUUUGAUGAUUUCCAACGAUGAGAAACGACAACACCUUCGGUUUGAUUUUGAUACGCAAAUGAACCUUUUAUUGAUCCACCAAAAGCCUGUGGAAGAUGUUGCCCCUUAAAUAAGUAGAACAAAGCCCCACUCAAUGAACCCUACUUCUGAGUUCUGAAUUUGGAAGAUGUUGCAUGAAUGACACUCGAUGCGUUUACCAGAUGAUAAUCCAUAAUCAUCCAUUCAUUUUAUGACACAAAUUUUAAUCUGGACUGUUAUAUAUUCAUAAUUUAUGCUCUGUAAUUCAAUUAACACAGAUGACUCAAAGAAAUAAUACACUGUUUAUGCAU